AUGCCUGGAGCUCACACAUUUUACGAUGGUUCAACAGUUCUUCAGCCUUUGGCUGCGAAGAUAGGAGUGGAUGUUGACAAGGUUAACUUCACUUUGUGUAUGUUCUCUUUCCUGCCCAUUGCCUAUAUAUAUCGCCGUUAUUUUCCAGCAGGGAAGGUAUCUAGAAAUGUUAGGUCUACCUUUCCUCUAGCUGUAGGCUUAAUGAUCAGCUUUUUCUGUUUUGGAAGAGCAAUGAAGCAUUUAUUAACGAAUGCAUUCAUCAGUUAUAUCCUCAUGCAAAAAUCGCCGGUGUCGAGAGUGCAUAUAGUAGUUUUUUCAUUCUCAAUGAGCUACUUGCUCUGGAUCCAUUUCUACCGCUGGCUUAUUUUAGAUUCCUUUAGCUUGGACAUUACUGGACCCAUGAUGGUAGCAGUUCAGAAAAUUACCACCCUCGCAUUCAAUUUACAUGAUGGCAAAGGAAGAAAUGAAGAAGAUCUUAGUGAAAUCCAGAAGAAAGAGGCGAUCCGAGAAAUACCUUCGUUGCUGGAUUAUCUAUCUUUCGUUUUCAAUUUCCAAACUACCCUCACAGGCCCUAUCAACUUCUACGCAGACUACUCCAAGUUUUUAGACGGGGAACAUGUUGUACCCGAUCAUAACGGAAAAUUGCCUUGUCCUGAGAGCAUUGCUUGGAAGAAGUUCUUUGAAUCACUAUUGUACUUGCUGAUAAUAGUUACACUCGGAAACAUCUAUAAACCAGAUCAGAUUUUAAGCGAAGAAUUUCUAGCUCUUCCCUAUAUGCAAUGGUUUUUCUGGUGGUUCUUCACCAUAUUCCUGAUUCGUUUCAACUACUACUUCGCCUGGACUUUCGCCGACUCUGUUUGUAAUAUGUCCGGUUUCGGAUUUUCGGGUUACGAUGAGCAUAAUGAAGCAACGUGGGAGUUAUGCACGAACGUGAAACCAUGGAAAGUUGAGAUGGCUCAAAGUUUCAAAGAAACGCUUGACAAUUGGAAUAUUCUGACUGGUGGGUGGUUCAGACGCGUUGCAUACGACAGGACUCCAACUAAAAUAAGAACGUUCGCUACGUAUCUUCUCUCAGCUGUUUGGCAUGGAAUUUCUGCCGGAUACUAUAUGACGUUCUUCACCGGUGCAUUGAUGACACUGGCUGGUUCUACGUUCCGUCGAUGUGUUCGCUGGAGAUUCUUGGAGAACACAACGAAGAAGGCCCUAUAUGAUGCCGUCUGCUUUAUCGGUGCCAAGGUUGUACUCGCUUACACUACGUAUCCGUUUGUUGCUAUGAACUUUGGGCCAUCGUUCUUUGUAUAUAGACGAAUCUUUUUUAUUGGCCACAUCAUUGCUCUUCUUGUUCAUUUCGUUUUGCCUCGAUUCGUCCGGCCACAAAAAUCUACGAAGCCCGAAACCAAGAAAGCGUUGUAA